UACGAGUCGAGUUUUUAAUGAGUAUUUUCUAGUCAAAUAUUUUAUGAAUUUUAAAUCGAUUUCGUUUUUAUGCGUAAAAUACGCUCAUAGAACAACAGUUUCAACAUGCUUUGAUAAAAAUGUUUGCUACGAAUCGACAAGUUGAACCCUGCGAGUUGUGAUCAGUUGCGCUCGUAGGAUCCGUCGAAAAGAUUUCCGAACAUGGUUACUCGACAGAUUCAAGUAUGUCACCCCUAGAAAUAUCGAGCGAUGACGAUCAUAGUUCUGAAGAAGGUUGUAUGCCUUCCCUAGGUGAGGGACGGAUUACUCGCGAUGUGAAAAAGAAAAAAGAACUCCCUAGCGUAGCUACCACGAUAAAAACCUCGGACAGUGUUCCAAAAAAGGUGCGAGGAGCAUUGAAUCCAGAUUCACCUGCAUACUGUUGCAAUAUUUGCGAUAAAACGUUUUCCAAAAAAUGGUGUUGGACAAGACACCAGCAACGUCAUUUGAAGCUGUUUCACUGCCAAAAAUGUGACAAACGGUUUGCUAGAAAAUACGACCUCGUUAGACAUCAAGCAACUCAUACUAAAACAAGACCCUACAAAUGCGACAUUUGUGACUCAAGAUUUAAGUACGAUUACGAUAAAUUAAGGCACCAACGACGUAUGCACGCCGAAGUCACUUAUUUCGAGUGCGAUAUUUGCGGCAAAAUGUUUAAUUAUAAAAGUUCUAUCGUUGAUCACCUACAAGUGCAUUCUGAAGCGCAUGAGGAACAUAUCGAUGAAGAUGGUCAAUUUCCAAAUUUGAACGCUCGUAGCUCCCCACAAAAAUUGGAGGAUGACGGUAGCUGCAACGCAGAAGUUCAAUAUCAAAAACGUUUUGAAGAUGAUCCCACCUCAGAAGAUUUACGGAGCUGUUUUUCUGAUCCGACGAAACCGACCGAUUAUGUGUUCUUCAACGUAGUAGUCGACGACAACGGGGUUGUCAGUGACAUUUCUGUCAAUCCUCAAAUUAACUAUCAGUUACAUAGGAGUGCUUCCUCUGCCAAUUCAAAUAAUGAACAAUUCGAUAAAGCACACGUUGGGCAAACACAUCGGAUGGAAGAAGUGCAAGUGACAACCCAACUAUCAAACUGUAAUGAUGAGCUAAAUGUGUGCCAGCGCAAUGAGCAGACCUUUUCUUCAGCUGGGUAUUCAAAACCGCGAGAAAAUAGAGUUGAAGGACGGAUUACUCGCUGUGUGAAAAAGAAAAAGGAACUCCAUAGCGUAUCUACCACGAUACAAACCUCGGACAGUGUUCCAAAAAAGGUACGAGGAGUAUUGAUGCAGGAUUCACCUCCAUACUGUUGUGACAUUUGUGAUGAAACAUAUUCCUAUAAAUCUUGUUGGACGAGACAUCAGCGAAAACAUAUUUCGAAGCCAUUCGUGUGUCGAAUGUGUAAGAAACCAUUUGCUAGAAAAUACCACCUCAUUAGACAUCGAGCAACUCAUACUGAAAUGAAACCCUACAAAUGCGGAAUUUGUGGCGCACGAUUCAAGCACGAUGAUAAUAAAUUAAAGCACGAACGAUAUAUGCAUACGGAGGUCGCUUGUUUCGAAUGUGCUGUUUGUGGGAAAAUGUUCAACCAUAAAAGUUCUAUCAUUAACCACCUGCGAGUACAUUCUGGUCAAAAACCGUUUCGUUGCCAAACCUGUGGCACAAGAUUUCCUUUAAAAGGCCAACUUGUUUCACAUCAAAGGAUGCAUAGUAUAGAAAAAAAAUUCAAAUGCCGCAUAUGCGACAAGCUAUUCAAACACCAACGGGAUAAGACAAGGCAUGAACGUUUACAUGAGGAGGGUCCUCGUUUUGAAUGCGCCUUAUGCGGAAAGAAAUAUCACCAGAAACACGGCCUUGCCUAUCACAUAAACAUAUCACGUAAUUGCAGUUAGAUUUCAAUAAUUAGUAUCUGAAUGUGUGCAGAUUCAUAUUCGUGUUUUCUUUGUGUUUUUUUAUGUUUUUGAGUUCUUACUUGUCUACGAUGAAAGAGUUAAAAAAUGGUUUGCUUGUACUGCAAUGGUAAAUAGACAUACCUAAUGUGUUCUUAUUUUAGUGAUAGGUACCUACUUAUUUUUAUUCAUUUUUACCUAAUAACUAAUACAUAUAUAAUUAUAUUCAACAGUUGUACAUAAAUGGUUGUUGAAAUUGUAUUAAUCUUCCAAUAAAAUGUAUUACCUGAUUCGUUUGUUAUAGAUUGACUCUUUUUGAGCAGUACAAACAAAUAUACCUUAUGAAUCGUUUUUGAACGAUAUUGCGGUAGGUAGUUUAAAUUGGUAAUUUGGUAAUUGUUUCGUUGCAUUUUGAACAUAACUUUUAUUUUUCGAUGAGGUCCUCUGGCUCUAUCCGUAGACGUUUCAUUAAUUUAUGGUCAUUUUUUAACGUUACAAAAUUUAA